GCAUCAAUAGUGUCGAACAAUGCGGUGAGGGUGGCUAAAUUUCUCAAACACAACAUUUCAGCACCCGGUGUCGGGCAAUUCUACUGCAGUUUCAGACCUCUUCUACGAUACUAGUGGGGAAAGAUUGCCACGUCUACGAGUUCCCUUCUUUGCACUAGCUCAGACAUUUGAUACUGUCCUUGUUAAGCACUGCGGCCUGCUCUACAAUGUCAGCAGAUGCUAGGCGGAGCAGGUCACAUAGCGAUGACGAGUCAUCUUCUCCGAUACCAUCACCAGGUUCUGGCACUCAGGAUCGUGGUCGAUCAAGAACACGGCGGCCUUCUAAUCAGCUCCCAGAACACCACAUGAGAAAACGAGGGUACCACUCUUUUAUGACUUCCUUUGGUAAGAUGUUUCACGUAGAAAAGCGCUGGAAGCUGGUACGAGAAAUGGGUUCGGGUGCAUAUGGCGUCGUCGUAUCCGCUGUGGACGAGAUCUCUGGUGAAACGGUGGCCAUUAAACUCGUCACUCGAAUAUUUGAGAAAGUCCAGCUUGCGAAACGGGCACUGAGAGAGGUCACUCUCCUUCGGCAUUUCUCAAGUCAUGAGAACAUUACUGGAUUGAUCGAUGUGGAUGCCAUCUCCCCCGAUUUUCAGGAGAUUUACGUCUUUAUGGAGGUGCCGGAUUUACAUCAAAUCAUAAAGUCCGGCCAGCAUUUGAGCAACGAACAUGUCCAGUACUUCCUAUACCAGAUUCUUCGUGGCAUGAAAUACGUCCACUCGGCCGCUGUCAUUCACCGCGAUCUGAAGCCAGGCAACUUACUCGUUAAUUCUGAUUGUGAACUGAAGAUAUGCGAUUUUGGCUUGAGUCGGGGAUUUGGCUCUGCCCCAGACGAGCAAGUGGGCCAUCUCACAGAGUAUGUAGCCACCAGGUGGUACAGGGCGCCAGAAAUCAUGCUGGCCUUCAGAGGAUACACGAGAGCCAUCGAUGUUUGGUCGAUAGGCUGUAUAUUUGCAGAGCUUAUGCUUGGACGGCCCCUGUUCAAGGUUGAUCAAUUAAACAAGAUUCUUGAUGUUCUCGGAACACCAGAAGAGGAUGUUAUCAAUCGAAUUGGCAGCGAUAAGGCACAACUUUAUAUCCGCUCACUUCCAGCCAAGAAACCCGUACCGCUGUGGAAGUUGCUUCCGACUGCUGAUGUGCAGGCCCUGGAUCUCUUGCAGAAAAUGUUGUCUUUCGACCCUUCAACGCGCAUCUCAGUUACUGACGCGCUCGCACAUCCCUGGCUGGCAUCAUAUCAUGAAGAAACUGAUGAACCCGAUUGUCCUACCAAGUUUGAAAAGUGGAGAGACAUCGAGAAGCUUGAGACCCUUGAAGAUUUUAGGAAGGCACUAUGGGAGGAAAUAGAGGAUUACAGAAUGGAAGUGCGAGGUAUCACACGCGAGCCGGCAGAGCCUGGUCCACGUGAAAAUGCUCGCGGAGAGACUCAUGGUUCCCCUGAAAAGUCUCUGGAGUCCCGGGAGAGCGUUUCUGAAUCGCGAAGAAUGGACAGCUCCGAAGUUGUGAGGGAGGAUGUGGUCUCGGAUAGUCUUGCCCUACCAGCUGCCUUGGACUACUUUCGCCCGUGCACGCCUGAAGAUCCUGUCGUCAAUUAUGCACGGCGCUCCAGCAUACUUCAACCGCAACGCCAGCCGUCUACGUCUACGUAUAGCUCGCCACCGGCAUCAACUACGCAACACCCAUUCGUACCCAUGUUUGAUGGCCUGCCGACCGGUGCUAGUGGUAUCGUAUUUCCUAACGAAGGAUACAUAUUACCUGCUCGUUCCCGUGCGGCCUCGAAUGCAACGGCAGUAGGGAGUGAAAUAGCAGUGCGGAAAAUGUUGCGGACUUUGUCGACGGUAUCAAUCCAUGAGAGUGUAGAAGGAUUGCCGGGUGGUUUGGCCGGUGUAGCACCCAUCGGCAAAUUCAUUGUGGGGCAAGAAUCCGAAACAGAUGCCCUGCCCAGUGAGAUGCCGAUGGAGUUCAGUGUUCGCACCAGGAAGGAGGGGGGAAGGAGUUAGCCACAUAAUUUUGUCUUGCAUAGAAUCAUCGAUCUUCCAGUGUAGAAUCUAUCGAUACAUAUAUGAUAUACAAAUUUCAAUG